AUAUUUUCUUUUCUCCAUCUGAAGUAACUGAGUAUCUGUAGACAGUCCUGUCUAUAAAGAAAUUAAAACAUGACUGCAUGUGAAAAUCAUAAGCAUAUUCUGGAAUCUCUUUGAAAAUGUGAAAUACUUUGCAUGUUCUCAAAUCUCUUUUUACUUCCUCUUUUUCUGUUUGAGUAAUUCUCAUGCACUGGCAGAUGCUGCUUUAUUUGUCCUUUCCUUUUUAUUAUAUUCUUUAUGAAAAUGAUUUGGAAGAAACAAUUCAGGGUAAAAUGCAAUUGAAAAGCGUUCAUCUUCAAGAGACUUCAUCUUAUGAUUGUAAUGUUCUGCUUUGCUUCAUCUCUGAAAAAUGAUUUCGUGAGAUUGACCUUCACAGAAGCCAAAAAAAAAAAAAAAAGCACUGCACAUUGAUUCUGUUGUUGCUAUGCUGAUGUCAGGCGGAUGGCUUCUCUUCUACUUUUGAUCUUUCUGCUCAUGAUUCCGGAUGUUUUUAGUGAAAAAGAUUGGGGUGUGAGUUACAAUCCUUCACAAAUCUGUGCACUAAAGACCUCAUCAGUGACAAUAAACUGCACUUAUACAUACCCUACUGGAUAUGAGAUUGAGAAAGUGUUCUGGACCAAAACAACUGUUAGAAAUACUGAUAAUGAGUUUCCAGAUCUGUCUAAGGAUCCUGAAUACAGUCAGAGGCUUCAGUAUCUGGGAGACAAACAGCAGAACUGCACCAUCAGACUGAGUCAUGUGACACAGAACGACCAACACAUGUACUGUUUCAGAUUCACAACUGAUAAACCUGAUGGAAAAUGGACUGGUGAUCCAGGAGUGACUCUUACUGUGACAGAUCUUCAGGUGGAGGCUCCUGAGAGAGUGACAGAGGGUCAUAAUGUCCGUCUGACAUGUAAAAGCAGCUGCACUCUGACUGACAGAGCAACAUUCAUCUGGUACAGAAACUCACAGCCAUUAACUGAGAGAAGAGACAGAAACAAUCAACUCCUGCUGCAGUCAGUCAGAAGAGAGGAUGCAGGCAGAUACAGCUGUGCUCUACAUGGACACACUUACAUCUCUCCUGCUGCUCAGCUCAAUGUCAACUAUGCACCAAAAAAUGUCUCAGUGUCUAUAACUGGAUCAGGUGUAAUAGUGGAGGGAGAUUCAGUGACUCUGAUCUGCAGCAGUGAUUCAAACCCUCCUGCAGAAAUCAGCUUUGUAGGAUCUGGAAGAAUCUACAGCAUCUCAAAUAUCAGAUCUGAUCACAGUGAAGAAUACAAGUGUAGAUCCAUCAAUGAACAUGCAGAGAAAUACUCUGAUGCUGUGACUUUAAACGUCAUGUAUCCUCCCAGGAACGUCUCAGUGUCUAUAAAUGGAUCUGGUGUAAUAGUGGAGGGAGAUUCAGUGACUCUGAUCUGCAGCAGUGAUUCAAACCCUCCUGCUCUGAACUUCAGCUGGUUUAAGGAGAAUCAAAGCUCAGCUGUUGGAUCUGGACAGAGUUUCAGUGCACUACAGAGUGGACGCUUCUACUGUGAGGCUCACAAUCAACAUGGAUCUCAGAGAUCAGACGCUGUUACUGUCACUGUACAUGGAAGGAAGUUUCUGUAUGCAGUUGCUGGAGUCACUGUUAGACUGGGAGGUUUCAUUUUCAUCAUUGUGUGGCUCAUGAAGAAAAAACACAGACCUGAUCACAUCACACAAAAGCAGGAUGAUCUUUAUGUCAACAUAUCAGCUCAUGAUGGACCUCUGUCUGAAUCUGAUCCUGCGAAUCAAAACAAUGUCCUCUAUUCUUUAAUUACUCUCAAAAAUAUCAGCAGAAAUCAAACUGAAGAAAAAGUGUCUGAUUCCGAAGAUACAGAAGAAAUCCAGUAUAUAACUGUCCUGUACCAUAGAAACAUAGGGAUGAACCAACUGGAAGAGAAUGAAAGUCAGUAUGACAACAUUAGAAAAUACCAGUCUAAUGCUGCCAUGAGGUGAGAAACUCAAUCAUUACAUGUUGAUAACAUAUUUAGAUUUAAUCAUAGCACUUCUGAGGACACUUGAGUGGUUUUCAUUUAGCACUUUCAUUGGUUGAGGUUGAGUUUGCAUGCAGGUAGUACUGAUCUGUAAAGGUCACUGAUGCUGUCUCUAAAUAUAUUAAUUUCACAUAUCUGGUCAGAAGGUGGAGGAUCAGUCUGUGAUUUACAGCACAGUCAAAUGAUCAACAAAUCAGUUUGGUGAAAUUUUUGUUCCUGGAAAAACUGAUUUCCAUGUUGACAUCGCCCUCAUAUGUAAUGGGACUGUGGUACUGCUAUCCUGAUGCUGGAAUUGAAUUUCCUCUUUGUGGCUUUGCUUAAGAGCUGGAUUAUGACAUGUUGUUGAAAAGAGCAUUUUCUCUCACUAGUCGUUUGAUCCAAAUGUUACUUAAAUCUUAAAUUCUUCAUCCAGUUUGUAUGAAAUUUAGAGACCCUUCUGAUAAAAUGUUGGGAAAUGCAGAUUAAAUUUUGGCAACAUAA